CAGUCACUCAGGAGUCAGGUGUAAAGUUUCUGUAAAAGAGCCUCGAAAAGAGCCUCGAAAACGAAAAGAGCAAAAGAUAGGUAUAGCCUAGUUUUGCUUGAUUAAUAGAGAAAGAUGAAUGGAGUAAUGAAGCACAGUCUGACGGAGAACGGGGAUGCCUUGCCUUCUAAUCUGGGUCCAAGAGAGAAGAAGAGAAAAGAAGGAUGGAAUGUAUCUUCUUCACUGGAAUCCAAGGGAGCCGUUAAUAACGUUCGACUCAGCGAAGAGAAAUACUUUAAAGAAGUUUUAGAGAAGAGAGACCAGUCAAAAGAGCUGAUAAAACUCUCCAUAGGUGACCCAGCUGUGUUUGGUAAUCUUCCUGCUCAUCCAGUAGCCAUAGAAUCACUUAAAGCUGCAGUGGACACUGGCUCUUAUAAUGGCUAUGGACACUCUAAAGGUCUGCCUCAUGUAAGAAAAGCUGUAGCUGAGAAGUUUUCUGUAAUAAACCAGGCACCAUUGACCGCUGAAGAUGUUAUCAUGACUUCGUCUUGUUCUGGUGCUCUAGAGUAUGCUAUUAGUGUGUUGGCUAAUGCAGGACAGAAUAUACUCUCUCCUAAGCCAGGCUUUGCCUUGUAUGACUGCCUCACAGGUGCAAAACAAGUUGAGAUUAGGCACUAUGCUUUAAAGCCUGAUCAAAAUUGGGAAGCAGACAUAAGUGACAUGGAGAGACUUGUUGAUGAUAACACAGCUGCAAUCAUAAUAAAUAAUCCUAGCAAUCCUUGUGGCUCUGUAUUUUCAAAGGAGCAUGUAAAAGAGCUGGCUGAUUUUGCUGCUAGACAUUACCUACCAGUCAUAAGUGAUGAAAUAUAUGCAGAGAUGGUGUUCCCUGGCAGCUCCUUUCAUUCAAUUGCGUCAGUUAGCACUAAAGUACCAGCUCUUGUGUGCGGUGGCCUCAGCAAGCAGUACAUGAUCCCUGGCUGGAGGCUCGGUUGGAUAUUAAUCCAUGAUCCCGUAGACGCCUUCAAAGAUGAAGUCCGUGAUGGUUUUACUAAUAUAGUAAUGAAGACACUUGGUCCUUCUACUGUAGUCCAGGCGGCAGUCCCUGGUAUCAUUCAAAACGUUCCAGCUGAUUACCACGAGAGAAACAUAUCAAUAUUACAAAUGAAUGCUGAGCUGGUUUAUGAUGGUCUAUUAAAGGCACCCGGUCUUAAUCCUAUAAUGCCAUCAGGUGCAAUGUACUUGAUGGUUGGCAUUGAUAUAAAUGAGUUCCCUGAGUUCAAUAAUGACAUUGACUUUACUAAGCAACUAGUACUGGAGCAAUCUGUAUUCUGUUUGCCAGGAGAUGUCUUCAAGUUUCCUAACUUCUUCCGUAUUGUGUUAAUAAUGCCGGGAGAGAAGAUAGUCGAGGCAGUCCAACGCAUCACUCAGUUCUGUAUCAAGCAUCACCACAUUAGCUCUUAAGAACAUAAACUGUCACAUGUAUUCUAUUGUGUGGUAUAUAUAUAUAUCUCUUGUACUUAUUAUUAUUAUUUCUAUUAUUUAUUGUUGUUGCUGCUGCUAUUCAGUUGUGUUAAAUAUAGCAUAUUAUAUGAUAAUCAACAAAGUUAUUUGGUUUAAAUAUUUCAUUAAAAAUAU